CUCUUCCGUUUAAUCGGCCAUUUCGUUGUUCUGUGAUAUCAGAAGUGUACCAUGAGGGACGACGUAACUACUUCGGACGAUCCUGUUCAAAAAGAAGAAGAAGUAGCCCAUUUUCAAGCACCAGCAAUUCAACAUAAUCCUGAUGGCUGGGGUCCUUGUGAACUACCUGAUCAAUUUAAGGAUAUACCUUAUCAACCAUUCUCGAAAGGCGAUAGACUAGGAAAGAUAUCUGAUUGGACAACACCAGCGUUCCAAGAUAAGAAAUUUCCUAAUAAAUACACAUCACAGUUUGGUUCAGGCAGCCAAUAUGCUUACUUCCACGAUGAAGAUGAGACAACCUUCCAUUUGGUUGAUACAACUCGUGUACAAAAACCACCCUAUCAACGUGGUGGUCGUUUUCGUCAUAAUCAAAGAAAUUUACGUGGCCGUGGAAAUCAACGUGGAGCGUUAAGUCAAAUGCAACAACUGGGUAAACUAAAACUUCGAGAAAGAGAUCGUAAGGGUCAAACGAAACGCUGGGGUAGGCAGCAAGGCUUACGGAACCAUAAAAAUCAACCGCCAAUUAAAAUUCGCGAUGCUUCUGUUACUGUAAGACCAGAUUGGGUUACAAUUGAAGAAAUGGAUUUCCUACGUUUAGCGAAAUUAUCUUUACCUAGUGUGAAGGAUGGGGAAGACAUUUUAUGUUGUGGUUCCCUGGAGUAUUACGAUAAAACUUAUGACAGAGUUAAUGUCAAAAAUGAAAAGCCAUUGCAAAGAAUUGAUCGAAUUUUCCAUACCGUUACUACUACUGAUGAUCCAAUAAUUCGUAAACUUUCAAAAACAGAAGGUAAUGUUUACGCUACGGAUGCCAUCCUGGCAACAAUAAUGUGUUGUACUCGUAGCAACUACUCCUGGGACAUUGUAAUUGAAAAAAUAGGAGAUAAAUUGUUCUUCGAUAAACGGGAUAAUACUGAAUUUGACUUGCUAACUGUAAAUGAAACCAGCGUUGAGCCUCCUCAAGAUGAUGGAAAUUCUUUAAAUUCUCCUCGAAACUUGGCAUUGGAAGCCACAUUUAUUAAUCAUAAUUUUUCUCAGCAAGUAUUAAAAUCUAAUGAACCCAGGUAUAAAUUCGAAGAAGGUAAUCCGUUUAUUUCUGAAGAAGAGGAAAGUGACGUUGCUAGUGUGGCAUACCGAUAUAGAAAGUGGGAUUUAAAUAAUGGAAUUGUCCUUGUUGCACGAUGUGAACACGAUGCUGUGAUGCAAGGUCCUAAUAAUGAGAUACAAUUCCUAACAAUCAAAGCUUUAAAUGAAUGGGAUUCAACAUUAGCCAAUGGCGUUCAAUGGAGGCGGAAGUUGGAUACACAGCGUGGUGCAGUAUUAGCUAACGAAUUACGUAACAAUGCAUGCAAAUUAGCAAAAUGGACUGUCCAGGCACUAUUAGCAGGUUCGGAUCAAUUGAAAUUCGGAUAUGUGUCUAGAGCAAUGGUCAGAGAUUCUAGUAAACAUGUUAUUCUUGGCACUCAACAAUAUAAACCAAAUGAAUUUGCAACACAAAUCAAUCUUAAUAUGGAUAACGCUUGGGGUAUUUUGAGGUGUAUUAUUGAUAUUUGUAUGAAACAAAAAGAUGGAAAAUAUUUAAUUAUGAAAGAUCCAAAUAAACCAAUGAUAAGAUUGUAUGAUAUUCCGGAUAAUACAUUUGAAAGUGAAGGAGAAGAAGAUGAAGAUGAUGAUGAGCCUGUCAAUGAUGCUUUCCAAAGUUAACAUCUUUACCUUUCUAAAACUUCGCCGAAUCAUUUUCUUUAAUAAUUAUUGCUAUAAACGAUUAAUACUAUAAACAUGUAUUAUAAUAACGAAACAAUAAAUACAUUCUAAUUUAA